AUAUUUACGAGAUUUAACUAAAAACAAGAAAGCCUCAGAAUGUCUGGAGACAUUGAUAUUGUGGAACAUGAUCUAAUGGAAAACCCUAGGGUACGGACUAUUUUUCCAGAUCUCACAGCAUUGAAAAAGGAAAUUGUAGAUCCAGAUGAUGAAGAAUUGCAAAAACAAAAUACGUCUAAUACAUCAAAUUGUCACAUAAAGCAGACUAUUAAAUGUGAUAGUCUCACAUGCAUCAAAAAAGAGCUUGCAACAGAGGAAAAUUUUAUAGAGGAUCCAUUUGAGCCAGAUGAAAUAAAAAAAUCACUUUUACAGUCUAAUCUACUAGUUUUUGGGAGUAAAUGUUCUAAGACAUAUGAUAAUAAACUAAAGUAUAAUUUAAAAAUAAAUGUUAAAGACAUUAGUCAUUAUCUGAAGAAAAGUAAAAGUUAUUGCCAGGUUUGCAAAACAUUAUUUCCAGGAAAGAAUAUGUUUGAAGAACAUAAAAUAUUGAAUCAUCAACAUACAUUCAGAAAAGCUGAGGAGCAUAAGAUAUUGAAUCCUGCAGAUAUCGUUAGUAAUAAUAGCGACAGUAUUGGAGGUCAAGAAAAUGUUACCAGAGAUGGCCAAAUGAAUUUAUGUGAAGAAAAUGAAACAAACAAAUGCUUUCAUUGUAAGGAAGUGUUUUCAACUCAAGAACUGCUUAUAGAACAUAUGUAUGAAGUUUUAGAUAAAAAAGCAAAAAUGCGAAAAAGUGCCGUAGACAAACACUAUGAAGUUAAAUCUCAUGAUAACAAAAAUUCUCAGCAGACUGUCAAAAAAACUGUUGAUAAGAGCACAGUAAAGUAUUGUACGAAAGUAGACACCAACAGUUUACCUAAAACUAUAUCAGUAAAUGAAUCAAUGUCAGAGAAUGAGUCCUAUAGUGGAUCACAAAAUCAAACAGAAGUUGUUUUAAAUACUAGUCUAAAUGAAGUAUUGCAGUGUAAUGUAUGUUUAUGUUAUUUUCAACAUCUAAGGUUUUAUGAGAUGCAUAUGGAACAGAAACAUAAAACAAAAGUAAGACAAGUCAAAGUCGUUAAAUUUAAUCCUAAGUGUAUAUUUUGCCCAAACAUUUAUCCAACUUUUAAACAAUAUAAUUUACAUUUGACUCGUGUACAUUCUACAUUAAUAAUAUCUAAUACUAAUAAUUGUGAGGAGCAAAAUCAAAAUCAAGAAAAUCAUACAGCUGAUAAUAGUAAUAAUUCUGUAGCAUUAGAACAACAGAAUACUACACCUUUAAGUUUAGAAUCAAGUUAUGAUUUAAUAAAUGAUAGACCAUUAAUUUUUAAAAGCGUUUUGUUCAAGUGUCUCAAAUGUGAAAUACAUUUCUUGUCACCAAAACUAGCCACCAGUCACAUUGUACAUAGUGAAAUUCUUGUUAACUGGAAAUGUUCAUUGUGCAAGAUGUUUUUUAAAAGGAGCGAUGAAGAUCUACACCUGAAACAACAUAAAUAUACCGAUGCAUUUACAGUCGUAAAUGUAGAAGAUAAAGAUUCAAGUAGAAUUAUGAUAAAAUGUGCCAAGUGCUCCCUCCAUAUCCCUGAGAGUGACUUCAGACACCACCUUAAUGUUUGCGGUGAAAAUAUGAACACCUGGCACUGUCAUAUUUGUAAUAUCGACAUAGACGGAAAAUUGAAAAAUAAAAGAGCCCACAAUGCCAUCCACGGUGACAUUGAUGGUAAAAAAAGUGAUUUUAUAAUUAUAAAUGACUCCCUUAUGAAUCCUCAAAUACACAUCGAUCACAUGAAAAAAUCACAGCCAGUAAAAGACACAUUGGUUACUGGAGAUAGAUUCAUAUGUGAACAAAAUAACCGAAAAAGAAAAUUGGAUGAAAUCUCCGAUCCUCCUCCAGUAAAUCAAUCAUUCACAUCAGAUGUUAGCAUACGUUCAAAAAGUUCAUCUAAAGAGUUAAGAAGGAAGUUGAAAAAACUGUUAUCAGCAAACGAUGAUCAUUAUUCGAAAUUUAUUUUCAAACUGGGUGAUAGACCAACAUUUUUACUAAAUUUGACAUACUGUAAAAAUUGCGAUUGUUUUAUACAUUUUUUUCUCAGUCUCGACAAACAUGACGAAAAUCGUUGUCGUCAUUCAAUUAAACGUGUAUGUAACAUGUGUGGUAUUGUGUCGACGCCCACUAUUUUACCGCGCCACAAAACAUUUCAUGAACUCAAUCCCCAUUUAAAAUUACAGGAUUUUAGGUUCUAUGAUAUCGAAACGUGUGAACAAAUUUUACCUCCCAUGCCGAUAUUUCCGAAGUGCGAUAUAUGUGAAGCCCACUUCGUUAGUCAGCACGAAAUACGCUAUCACACUUGCGCUGAAAUUUCAAAUUUGUACUGUGAUAUAUGCGAAAUGAAGUUCGCUUCAGAAAUAGCUCUCAAUUUGCACAUACCAUUUCAUGGCUACUAUUUACAAUCUAAAUCACCUGUAGAACGUAGUAGCCUCCAUGAUGUAAGUCCAGAUGUGUCAAAAGAAAAUGAUAGAUUCAAAAAUUCAGGUUUAAAGGAGCCAGUGGUAAAGGGACAUAAUAAAGACGAUCACAAAAUAUGUGAAAAUAUGAUGGAUGUAGAUGAACCACAGGAGCUUAUUGGAAACGAUGAACCACACGCAGUUCCUGAAGAAGAACAUAUUAGUUUCUCACAAGAAAAUGAUACGAACGAUAAGCGAGAAAGUAUUGAACAUGUGUAUUACUUAUACACUUGUGAAAUUUGUAACGUCACUGUAGCUCAUUACGAUCAACUGGUAAAACAUUGUCACUCUCAUUAUAACAAUAGUUAUAGAAAAGUCGCUACCGAAAAGUGUAUUCAGUGCAAUUUAAUAUUUCAUAUUUCUUGUAUAUUUUCACAUAAGGAAAUGCACAAGUCCGGCAUAAGCAGUGAAUCCUUUGUAAGGUUAACUUGCGACCUAUUUUAUUUCGGAUGCAGUAACGCAGAAUGGCUGAAUCAUGUUUUUAAAUCGGUACCAGAAAGUAAAAGGGAAAGCAUACUCAAAUAUGCAAUAUAUAAAGAUGAAUGUAGAAUCAAGCUGGACGUAUCACAACAAGGCGAUCCCGAAUUCACGCUAUAUAAAUGUACGAAAUGUAGUAUUUUUAUUGAACCCUCUGAUAUCGUCGAUCAUAGAGAAAAGUGCAAGGGCUCCAACGACAAGUAUCCUUGUCAUCUCUGUGGGAUAGCUCUUUUGUCGGCGCCCCUCCGAGCCCGGCAUUUAGAACUACACGAGCGACACAACUUAAGCGCCAAGUCCUACAGGAUAGUAGUUUUUAAUCUGAAGAAGGAUAAACCACUAAACGAUUUGUUGCUCACCAAAACCAAUCAAUACGUAUUGUACAAGUGUAGAAACUGUCACGGCGUAGUGGAUUGGAGUCUUGUGAAGAGUCAUCACUGCAACUUAAACGAUUUGAAAAAAUGUACCAUCUGUGGUUUACUGAUUUACAGCACGGCUUACGACAAACACAACGCUAGACACAGAACUAUCGAUACGUUCGUCGCCAGUAAUAUGAGAGUGGUCAUGUUCGGUCAAGUGCGACGAGAAAGUAAAGAAAAUGACGAAAAUAACGAACUAGUCUGCUCCUUUAGCGGUAUCGUGUCCGAUUAUAUUUUUUAUAAAUGCAUCAAAUGUAACGUUUGCAUUCGAAAUUUGAGGCUAAGCUCUAAACAUUUUUGUUUGAUCACCGCAGCUAAAUUUCAAUGCGCGAAAUGCCAUUUAUAUUUUGACGAGGGUAAAAAAAAGGGCCAUCAUGCUUUGCACUACUUGGACGAGGAGUUCACGACUAAAGCUAUCUGCGUUAUACCUUUCGAUCCUCAGGAAACGUAUAAGCGCCUAAAGAAUGGUGUAGAUAGCAAUGGGGACCUAGAGGAAGAAUCCGAAGAAAGUGUAGCUACAGUCUGUAUUGAAGAAAAAACAGACACUCUAUACCGAUGUCCUUGCGGCCUGCAUUACUUGACCGAAGAAAAUGCAAGGGAACACGUGCAAAGAAAUAAAUGUGGCGCUCCCUCUAAAAAGAAAUUACAGACUUGUUCGAAGUGUAAUCUAAAUUUUACUCCAGAGAUUUUGUACAAACAUUUAUUGCAGCAUCACGCUGAGAAAUAUAUUAAGUAUUCAUUUGAUAUCAUCAUCGUGAAUGAACAACCUUUGAUAAAGGAAGAUUCAGAAAUAAUGAACGCAGCCGAAAGUACUAUCACAGACAUAGAUUCACAGGCAGAGUGCGGGCAUACGUUAUUUGGUGAACUAAUGACAAGUUAAUGUAAGUCGUGUUAAGUCGGCUCGGCUUGACCUAUGAAUCAACAGUCAACACGUUGCGUACGUUAAUAUCUCCAUGGUGCCAAAUAACUUAACCUUAUCUUGAACUUUAGAACCACUUAUGAUACGUCAGAGAAGUUAAUUGUUUCGUUUUUCGUUUUAAUUAUACUUUAAUUUUGGGAAGAUCGAU